CCCUGACUCUACGGGCGCAUGCUCACUUGUGCCCGCAGCCCUGGACCAUAUUUGUCAGGACUACUCGAGAGACGGAGAAAAAAAAUAAAGAGAGAGAAUUUGGGGGGUAUACACACAAUGAACGAACCAGCUUCUAGCGGGAGUGGGCAAGAUUUUGAUGUAUUUAGUGCAAUGGACUGGAAGGAUGGAAUUGGUACCUUACCUGGAAGUGAUCUGAAGUUUCGGGUUAAUGAAUUUGGAGCACUGGAAGUGAUCACAGAUGAAAUGGAGAUGGAAAGUGUUAAGAAAGCCACAGCUACUACAACAUGGAUGGUACCAACUGCUCAAGAAGUCUUUUUAGAAAAGACAGAAGUCUCACCCAAACUGAAAGAAACCGCCAAAGUGGAUGGGAAUAAUUUCUGUGAAAAUUUUUCUCAUUCUGGUUCCAUUGAGGAGUUUAUAGCUGGAGAGAAGAGUUGCAAUCAAAAAUGUUGCUAUCAGAUUAAUAACAGAGAACAAAAGGAAGACAAAGAAGUAUUAGAACUCAACGGUGAAGACUAUUCUAAGGGCCCUCAAAAAAGAAAAGCCAAAUCACCCCCCAAGGGAGAUUGUGUGCAAGACAGAGAAGAGAAGAAAAAGAAUGAAAUAGAUGAGAAGCCUGAAGGGAGGAUACUAAGAGCUUCUCAGAGAGCCACACGCAAAAGGAAAAGAGAUAUGGCAAUUUUAAAGCAAACUUUAAUGUCAAAGGAAAAGAAAGCAUGGAGUUGGUCAUCAUACUUGGAAGAAGAAAAGGCUAUUGCUGCGCCUCCUAAGAUUUUUAAAGAGUACCAAUCCUUUCCAUACAACAAAAAUGCAUUUAAAGUUGGAAUGAAACUAGAAGGAGUGGACCCUGAGCACCAGUCAAUGUACUGUGUCCUUACAGUGGCUGAGGUUUGUGGCUAUAGAAUCAGACUUCAUUUUGAUGAAUACUUAGAUUGUUAUGAUUUUUGGGUAAAUGCUGAUUCCUCUGACAUUCAUCCAGUUGGUUGGUGUGAGAAAACAGGACACAAGCUUCAUCCACCAAAAGGAUAUAAAGAAGAUGAAUUUAAUUGGCCCUCAUAUCUGAAGAAAUGCAAGGUUCAAGCUGCCCCUAAAUCAUUGUUUGAAAACCAAAAUACAACAGUAAUUCCAUCAGGAUUUCGAGUUGGGAUGAAGCUUGAAGCUGUGGACAAAAAGAACCCUACAUACAUAUGUGUUGCGACAGUAACAGACAUGGUGGAAAAUCGUUUCCUAGUUCAUUUUGACAACUGGGAUGAGAGCUUUGACUAUUGGUGUGAAGCAGCUAGUCCACAUAUUCAUCCUGUUGGAUGGUGUAAAGAACACAGAAAAACUCUUAUUACUCCUCCAGACUAUCCACAUGCAAAACAGUUUUCUUGGGAGAAAUAUUUGGAGGAAACCAGUUCCUUACCUGCACCUGCCAGGGCUUUUAAAGUGAGAGCUACUCAUGGAUUUCAGAGGAAUAUGAGACUUGAAGUUGUUGAUAAGAGGAACCCUGCACUUAUCAGGGUAGCCACAGUUGUCGAUACUGAUGACCACAGAAUUAAAAUCCACUUUGAUGGCUGGGACAGUAUUUAUGAUUAUUGGAUUGAUGCAGAUAGCCCUGACAUUCAUCCUGCAGGCUGGUGUGGGAAAACUGGACACCCUCUUCAACCUCCUCUUAGUCUGUUGGAGUUAGUUGAAGCUUUAGAACAAGGAGGAUGCCCUACCCCAGGCUGCAAAGGACUUGGACAUAUGAAAAGAGCCAAGCAUAUGGGCCACCACAGUGCUGUCAGCUGCCCAUACUCUGAGAUGAACCUGAACAAAGAACGUAUCCUUCCAGAUCGUUUGAGUGGUGAGAUGCCUCUAAAUAAUCCACCAGGACAUUGGAACAGAAAGACAGAAGUAACUGAAGUAACAGCCUCUCCUGUAAACAAGGGGUGCCAUACUGUUAAGGAAUUUGCGAAGGCUGAGUGUGAAGGAAGGAAGAUGGAAAGCAUGGAGUCCUCUCUAAAUGAAACCAAAGGCAUCAAGGAAUCCAGUAAUCAGAGGUUUCAUCCUCAGCCAGUCAUUUUGUCUUCCAAAUUGACAAUCCCAGGCUUGUCAUUACGGUGGGAACAACAGAGUAAGCUCCUUCCUGGUGUGGCUGGAAUCCCUGCAAGUAAAGUUUCCAAGUGGAGCACAGAUGAGGUCUCAGAGUUCAUACGAAGUCUACCAGGGUGUGAGGAACAUGGCAAAGUGUUCAAAGAUGAACAAAUUGAUGGAGAAGCUUUUCUGCUAAUGACUCAAGCAGACAUAGUGAAAAUAAUGAGCAUUAAACUGGGACCAGCUCUAAAAAUCUUCAACUCAAUCCUGAUGUUCAAAGCUGCUGAGAAGAACUCUCACAAUGAGCUCUGAUCGGAAAAUAUGUACAGGAGAAACCUGUCCAGUGCAGCUCAAAGUUUAGUCAAAGCACACAAACUUAAAGGGAUCAUCAAAGAACUCUCCAAAGGGAAGAAGAGGAAGCUGGAAUGGAUAGAGUGCUGAUAUUUUCUGAGAGCUGGGGCAACUGAACACUUCUGAGAAGUGCUUAAGAUUUUUAGAAAGAUACUCUUAAAAAGAGUAGGAGUCUACCGCACUGACAGCUCACAACUAGGUUUCUUUAAUUUGGUGGGGGUGGGUGGGUGGUUCUAAUUUAUAUUAAAAUAUGGAAGUAUUAGUUUUAUUCUAAGGAGUCACAUGAAUUCACCAUGCAGCAUUUUUUUUCAUUUAACAUCUCCAUAACAAAUUAUUCACUGCUUACUUGAUCUGAAGUACAGUUAAUGGACUGAGUUUUUUUUUCCAUUUUGUGCCAUAGAUCAGAUUGGCAAUUGAUAUUGGACUAUAUCCUAUUUAUACAUUCUCUUAUAAGAAAACAGCUGUUGGAGGACAGUACUGUUUUUGUGUUUUGUUUUUGCACGAUUUUAAAAAAAGGUGUAAUGAAUUCUUCCACUAGCUUUUAAUAGAAUAAGAACUACCAGUUGUCCAAGAAGCAACUGUUCUGUAUUUCAUUACUGACAUGUUUUAGUAUGCAGCCUGUUGAGACACCAGAAGUAAGUUAAAAGUGCAUGUAUAAGAAGUAAUUCCUUGAUCCUAAAAUAAAAGCCAUGUAAUACCUUUUAUGAGGCCAAAUUAAAAUAUUACUAAAUAGCAUGCAAUCUUCAUUGUCAUGCUCUUUUUUGAUAUUUUGAUUGGUCCUAAUUAAAAAUCUUACAUUGUUUUGGAUUUUUCUUUGGACCAAAACAACUAUAAACUCUAUUUAUUUCAGGAAAUACCAGAUCUAUCCCAUUAUAGAUAGUGAUGCUUCAACUGGAAUAAGACCGUUUGCUAGGGGAAUUUAUUUCUUCCCACUCACUAAUUAAUAUUACUCAAUGUGUCUUCUGUUGAAUCUUUACCUCCUGUAUCCUCAAAAUCAGUCUCCAAUUCCGUUAACAUAGUGGACUGUCACAUUUUUCCUCUGCUCUUGGGCUUUUAAAGGGCCUGUGUCACAGUUCCAUUUGGUUCUAGGGCCACAUUGAUCUAUUUUUAUAUACAUACACAUACAUAGAAGAAGGCUGAAGUGGAAAUUAAUACGAAGUCCACCCAGCACACCUUAACCUAUGGCCUGAAACAUCACUUCUCCUCCUUUUUGCUUAAAAAAGCCAGCUUGAGGAAGAGUUCUGGAGAAUUUGAGAGGUUGCAUGCUAUUUUAUGAUAUUUUGGUUCAUCUUAAUAAAAGGUAUAUUGCUUGU